UACAGGACAAGAUCGCUGAGAUAGAUUUGAAAACCUUCAGCACAGAUAGGAACGAUGGACGGAAUACCUUAUUACAGGUAUUCAACGGUUUCUGUCGUUCUCGCUUUUACAAUAUUUCUUUUGACGUGUACUGGUGGAAGCGUGCACGGUGCGUGCCCGAAUCCUCUUCCCGGAUCAGCUGGAACUUUUAGAGUUCCAGAUGGAGAGACGUGUCAUUUAGCGGCUGGUAGUUACACGUUUGGUCAAGUUGAUAUUAAAGGACGACUGGUUAUCAAUGCAACCACCGAUGUAUCAUCACUUACACUUGUUGCUACUUCAGUGGAUAUUGGAACGACAGGUUCUAUCGAUGCCGAUGGUGCAGGGUACGGAGCAGGUAAAGGACUAGGCUCUGGAGGUGCCACUGGGUCUGGAGGUGGCCAUGGUGGUAGAGGGGGCAUGUCUUCUUCCAGUUUCCUUAGCAUCCACGAUUCUAUUGGUUACGAUGACCUCACGGCACCAUCAAUGCCUGGAAGUGGGGGUGGUGGAUCAUACGGAGGGGCUGGUGGAGGUGCUGUGUCCAUAACAGCUGGCAGUAUCAGUCUUGACGGUACCAUCACUGCAAAUGGUGCCAAUGCAUUCUUAGAUGGAAAUGGUAAUGGUGGAAGCGGUGGCGGAGGAAGUGGAGGGAGUGUAUACAUCCGAUCAACAUCAACAUCAAGCAUGGGACUGUCCGGUAGUGGUGUUAUCUCUGUGAAUGGAGGACGUGGAAAUGGGAAAGGAGGUGGAGGUGGAGCCGGUGGACGUGUAUCUAUCGCUUUUAACUCUGGAUCAUUUACUGGACUAGCCAAUGCCCAUGGCGGACGUACUGAUCUUGAAGAUGGUGUGCUUCCUGUUAGCCCGUCUGAUCUUUCAUCAAGAAGCCAAACCAACUCCAACUAUGCUCCCAGUUAUGGUCUACGUAUUAACGGUAGCUCGCACUUUUGGCGCGGAGAUACCCGUACUAAUGUUAACGAGCAGUACCUUCAAGUUACUUUCCAAGAUACCGUGAUGUUUAGUGGUCUGGAUACUCGCGGCUGUGCUAGCAACUGUCCUGGAUCUGGUCAAGAGUACGUCAAAACCUAUUAUUUAAUGUAUGAAGAAAAUGAUGGAGAAGGUUACAAGGAAUAUAAGGUAACAUUUAAAAAAAAUGAAAAUUUACCUUUAAAUGAAAAUGCUUUCUAUGAUGUACUGUAUUUUAUAUCAAGUGACGAAAUAAAUGAAAUGGUAUUUUAUUUUAGUCACUACCUUUAUUUUAAUUAAACACAUAAACCUAUAGGCCUACAAUUCCUACCACAUUCACAAUAAUUGCCACGGCGCUUAUUCGAGA